CGUGCACACCGGCCAGCAGAUCAAAACCGCGGCUUAAACCGCCAACUGUAUCGCGAGGAGGAACCGGUAGCCGCCUCCUCUCGACGCGGGUGCAUUCGUUCAGCCGUUCGUUCGCGUCGGAUUCGCAUCGAUUCAGCAACAUGACCAAUCUCGCGACCGUUCUCGCGGCAGCCUCGCUGCUCGCAGUGGCCAGUGCCGGCGGGGGACACGGUGGACACGACCACGUGGUGAUCCACGUGCCAUACAAGAUCAAGACGGUCCACCAUACGCACACGAUCACCAAGCACAUUCACCACGGCGGCGGCGGCGGUGACAAAUACGAGGUCCUCGGAUACACCGUCGGUCAUCCGAUCGAUAUCGGCGGUCACGGUGGUUUGGGAGGCGGUGGUCACGACUUCGGAGGCGGCGGUCACGACUUUGGAGGCGGUGGCGGCGACAUCGGCGGGGGCCACAUCGAGUACAGCGGCGGUGGCGGCGGUGGCGGCGGCGGCGGCGGAGGCGGAGGCGGCCACGUCGAAUACAGCAGCGGAGGAGGCGACAUCGGUGGAGGACACGAACUGAGCGGUGGAUUCGGGGGUGGCAGCUACGGAGGCGGUUUCGGAGGCGGUCACGAAGACUGGGGAGGCCACUAGCCACUCUAGCCCGACGUUUCGCGCAAUUAGAAUAGAAUUCGUCCAACGCAGAUCCUCGAAAGGGUUCGGUUCGUCGGUACGAUCGAAAAUCGCGAUCCACGAAUUAGAAUAUCAUUUAGCCGUUGUCGCAAAAUUCGCAUCGUCCUUCGUUCCGUUAGGUGCACCAGCGACGACAGCGUUCUCUUCUCCAUCGGGCAACGUCGAACGCGACUUUCCUUUCUCGUCCGGAACAUCGCCGAAUCGAUCGUUCGUCGUUGUUCGCGUCUCGAAGGAAUCGUUCGUGCUUUAGCGUGGAGCAACUUGCUCGAUCUCGAGACUCGAAGCGCGACGAACGUAGCUUCGUAGCUUCGACGUUUCUGCGAUCGCGCGCACCUGACGAGGAAUCGCGGAAGACGCGGUCGCUGGAAAUCGUGGGCCAGGUUUCUCCGUGGGGUAGCCUUCGUUUCGUCGGAAACGGUUCGGACCGAGCAACGAAGAAACCUUGUUCGCGGAUAAACGAUGAAAGCGUAUUGGCGAGUUGGCGCGAGGACGAGAAUAAUUCGGGGUCGCGUUUUACGCUCGUUUUUCGAGAAAUCAAAAACGUGGAACGAUCGAGUUUCGAGAAACCGACUCUGCACGAUCCCCUCCCCCCUCGCGCGAGCGCGACAAUCGUUGCUUCGUUUCAGAGAAAUUCCACCCGUUGAAAGGAUAGACGCUUUCUCGCAACGACCGGUGUUUCCUGGAGAGUGCCGCGAGCCACGCCUUAGAAUUUAGAACUUAAAACGCGUAAUCGUCCACACCUCCCUCCUUUCUCUCUCUCUCUCUCUCUCUCUCUCUCUCUCUCUCUCUCUCUCACUCACUCUCUCUUUCUCUUACCUCUCGUCCUAGUCUCUCUCGUCGAUCCGUCGACGCGUCUCUCGCACUCGCAUGUAAAUAUUGUUACUCCGUUGUUUUGUUUGCCAGUUGUUUCGUUAUAAAUCACUGUACUCGUUGUUACCUUUGUUGUUUCUGUAUCGCGACUCGGCUCGUUUAACCGUACGCCUCGCGUGUCGCGAGAAAGUUGAAUAAAUUGCGUGUGUACCUGAA